AUGACAUCCAAAUCCGAAAAGGUGGCAAUAUAUACGCCAGCGCCGCCGCCGCCGCUGCCAGCAGGAGUGGAGCGUCCCGCGGAGGACCUAUCUCCAAAACAAGAGACUAUGCUCAAUGCUCUACUUGAACACUUUGGCAGUGAAGACUACAAGGUCCCCGGAGAGAAAGGCUCAGAGCUCACUGAGAUUGAGAAAUUCUGGCUGACACGAGAAUGCCUGCAAAGAUUUCUACGUGCCAUCAAAUGGAGCUCUGCCAAGGAUGCCAUCGACCGAGUUGAGGGUACACUGAAAUGGAGGCGCGAGUUUGGUGUAUGGGACCUAUCGGCCGACGAGCUCAAGAUCGAGUCUGUCACGGGCAAGGAGAUCAUCUACGGUUAUGACGCAGACCGCCGCCCAGCUCUCUACCUCAUUCCCAGCCGCCAGAACACGGAGGAGUCUCAUAGACAGAUCGAAUUCGUAGUCUGGAUGCUCGAGCGCACGCUCGACCUUGCAGGGCCAGGCGUGGAGACUCUUUCGCUCAUGAUCAAUUUUGCCGACCGGGCAAAGAACCCUUCAUUCGGUACAGCGAAGACUGUCUUGAACAUCCUGCAGACGCACUACCCCGAACGUCUCGGUCGUGCGAUGAUUCUCAACGUUCCUUGGCUCUUGAAUGCCUUCUUCAAACUCAUCACACCGCUCAUCGACCCACGCACACGCGAAAAGAUGAAGUUCAACCCGAAGCCUGUAGAAGAAGGGCUAUUUACGGCCGAUCAGCUCUUCGCUGACGGAGGGUGGAAAGGCGGAGUCGACUUCCAGUGGGAUCACGACAAGUAUUGGUCGGCACUCUUGCAAAUGUGUGCGGAGCUCCGCGAGGUGCAACUUAAGCGUUGGCGUGAGCUCGGUGGACGAGUCGGGCUGUCGGAGUGGGAUAUCAAGCAGGCAUCGCCGCCUAUUGCGCCCGCCAAAACGACCGUCGAGGUGCCGGCGUCCGUGACCGCUGAUGCUGUUAUACCCACCCCCACGCCAACUGGGGAUGUCGACGUUACAAUGAACCCGACUGUGGCCGAGACCAUCGCGGAGGAGGCAACCAUUCCACAGUCUGUCGCUCCUGCUAUUCCCGAGGCAGCCGGGUCUGCAUAA